GGUGAGAUCAAAUAAAUCAUUAUUAGAAGUCAAACUAACAGAAUGUGGAAAAUUUUGUGGCCUCAACAGAUAUGGCUUUUUCUCCCGUUCUAUUGUUUGUUUGCCUGCCCUGUUAUUUUACUCCUUUAAAGCAACGCCUUUUAAGAUGAUCUCCUUUCCGUGUGAUACAUCUAUUUCAUAAUCACUCAUUUUUUAAAAUAUGAAGAUAACAUCUCAAUGAUUUCCCUGCUAUUAAGUCAAGUACCUGACCUUAUAAAGUUGAUCCAUAAUUUUUUUUUUUUUCAAGUGAUUUUAUUCUAUACCUCAAUUGAUGACACAUUUAAUGUUUAUGUUAUCUUUCCUUACAAACUUUAACUGGCCAAGAUUUGGAAGAAUCAAUGAUUUUUAUUACGUUGGGAUUUCUUAGUUAUUUGCCUAUAUAGAUGUAACUACUUGCCUGUUUUGUUAGACUGGUUAAUUUUGUCCCAAACUUGCUCAUUUGAUCAUGUCAUUCAAAUUUCAGUGAAAACAAGUAAAGAAAUUAUUUGUACUAAAUGAGAUAAUUAAAUCACUAGUAGUUUGAUGAGAGCGUUUUGCAAAGGGUGUGGAUGGAGUAUAUAGGACAGAACUACGCAAAGGAGAGACAGAAUAAGAGCUUCGUCUCUUUCAACAAGUCAAUCAGAUUGUGGUGAUGGGAUAGAGGAUAAGUCACAAAAGUAAAUGGAGCACCCAUUAAAAUGCAGAUGCUCAUAGACAAAGAAAUGUCCAAACAGAAAGAUUCCAAGCACUACCUACCAAAUGUUGUAGCAAAACUAAUGGGGCUUGAAACCCUUCCAAGGGGAGAGCCUAGUUUUUCUAUGGAAAGAAGCUACAGAAGUGCUUAUCCUCAACAAAUGCAUGGUCCUGUAGGCUUCCCAUUCAGGCAUUGGCAGCAGGAAGAUAGGUUUAUGGAUAGGGAAAUGCUUCAUGAAGUUCACCCAAACACAGAACAGUUUGCUUACAGAGAUAUGUAUGAAAUAUGGCAGCAAUCUGAGAGAGCGAAUCAUGGAAGUGGCAAGGUACCUGAUAGAGGAAGAUGGAGUGAAGAUGUUGAUGGGAAAAGAAUGGCUCUCAUUCGUCAGAAAUUCAUAGAAGCAAAACAUCUGUCAACCGAUGAGAGAAUGCGUCAAUCUAAACAAUUUAAAGAUGCCUUGGAAGUUCUAAGCUCCAACAGUGAUCUCUUAAUGAGGUUACUGGAUUCUCAAAAUGUUUAUGAAUUUUACUCAAGUCCACGUACUGAUACAAAGCGCAUUACUCUUAUUAAACCUUUGAAGAUGGAUGACAAUGACAAACCAGCCAGAAAGGAGAAAAGGAACAAUAGACUAACUAAGAAAUCACCAAAUGUUGAUCAAGCAUCUGGCUGGGAGAACAAGAAUUCUGGAAACUCUCCAGAUAGUCAGAAAGUUGAUGAAUCUCCAGUACGAACCACUCGAAUUGUGUUGCUGAAACCUAGCCCUGGGAGGACACCUGAUCAAAAGGAUGCGGUUUCUCCAAUAACAACAUCAUCACUAAAUCUGAAAAGUGGUAAUUGCCAUCAGGGACCUGAAUAUGACGAUGCAAUAGAAUCCAUUAGAGUGGCAAAAGAGAUGACACAGCAAAUGCAUAAGGGUCUGAGGAGCUAUCAAAAGGAUAAAACUCCACAUUAUUCUUCAGUGUUUUCCAAUGGCUAUUCUGAUGAUGAGAGUUCGUUCAACAAAUCAUAUCACGAGUAUGCAUCAGCAAAUUUCAGUGAUUUGGAAGCUAUGUCAAUGUCACCGUUGCCAAGGCUUUCAUGGGAUUACAAUUACAUCAAUGGCUGUAGCAGUCCUUAUUCUACAAUGUCCUUAGGUCGCAUACCUUGCUCUCCUGAGUCAUCAGUGUGCAGAGAGGCAAAGAAAAGACUUUCUGAAAGAUGGACUAUGAUGGCAUCAGAUAAUAAGGGUCCUCAAGAACAAAUGAAUGUGAGGAGAAACUCUACCUUGGGUGAGAUGCUUUCUCUUACCCACAUGAAGAAAUCUGUAACAUCUGUGGUUGAGAGUAUUAAAGAGGACAAAGAACCCGGAAAAUCUGUUUCUUGCAGUCAUUCUUUCAAUGCAGAAAUAAGCAUUGAGGGCUCUCCUAAAAAUCUUCCCAGGUCAAAUUCUGUGCCUGCAUCCUCUACUGUCAAUGAAACUGAGCUCACAGUUCAAGUUGCUGAUCCAAAAACUGGCAAAUCACAAGCCUCCAGGGCACAGAUAAAGUCAAAGAAGAGAUCAACGUUUAAAGAAAAAGUAGCCAGUCUCUUGUUCUCAAAGAGUAAGAAAUCAAUCAAGGAAAAGCCAAGUUCACCUCAAUCUAAAGAUGCAUCCCAACCCGCUCCUAUUGUCACUCAAGCAUCAGUUCUUCCAGCAUAUGCACCUGAAGUCCUUAGGGAUGAUGAGUCUCAAAUCAUCAAUGUGGAUAGUUUUGAAGAGUUUUCUCUUGUAGCUCUAUGUGAAUCAUCAGAGAAAACUUCCACAAAUUCAGUUUCUAACAGACAAGAAGAAGACAUGAUUACACUAGAGCCUGGAUUGACAGUGGCAGGAUCCAUGAUGCUAGAGAUUAAUUCAAGUGAAAGCCCAGAUCAGCCUAGUCCAUUCUCAGUAUUACAACCUCCAUUUGAAGAUGAUAACAAUAAUGUAUCUCAUGAGUCCUUGGACCGUAUGAAGAAUGAUCAACCAGGAUCACAGGUGGAACUGAAGUCCAAUUUAAUUGACAAAUCACCACCUAUAGAAUCAAUAGCUAGGACCCUAUCAUGGGAUGAUUCUUCUGCAGAAGUAUUAAAACCCCUAAUGGUUCCUUCCUUGGACUCCAAGGUAGAGGAAAAAGAGUGGCUUCUCUUGGUCCACAACCUACUAUCAGCAGCUGGACUUGAUGACCAGAAACAAUAUGACUCGUUUUACUCCAGAUGGUAUUCCCUUGAAAGCCCAUUGGACCCAUCAUUGAGGGACACAUUAUACAUCAAUCUAAAUGAGAAAGAGUCUGAGCCAAUGCAUGAGGGCAGAAGAAGGAAGAUGAGAUCAAAUCAUAAACUUGUGUUUGAUUAUAUCAAUGCUGCACUAUUGGAACUUGUUGGUUUUGGGUCAGAAAAGGGCCUAAAGGGCAGUGGAAAGCAGUGUAGGGUCCUAGUCCAAGAGAGUGCACCGGAAUCUACCUUGUUGGUGGACCACAUUGUGGCCAAAAUAAAGGAAUUAAUGGCAAGUGGGGUGAGGUGUGAGUGGGACAGCAACAGCCUGGUAGUAGAAAAUGUUGUCAGAAAAGAGAUUGUGCAGAUAGGGUGGGUUGAGCUUAUGGAAUUGGAGAUAGAGGUUUUGGGAAAGGAGAUAGAGGGGGACUUGAUUCAAGAGCUUGUGGAGAAUGCAGUGGUUGAUUUUACAAGCAGGGACUGAGUCCCUCUUCAUCCUUUCUGCUUUUAAUUUUCAUAUUAAAUAAGUAUUAUUGUAACUUUAUUAUCAUUGCAUUCGAUCAUCCACACUGCCCUACUUACCCAAUUUAUUAAAUUCUAUCGUACCAAUAAAGUUGUAGUUAUUUGACAUU